ACAUCACAUGGAAAGAUACCAUAAGUAGAAGAACAGAGACACCAGAAAACGUUUAAAACGACAAUCCAAAACCACUGAAAACAUCAAAAACAUAACACAGAAAGAGAGAGAAACAGAAACAAAUCACAACGUUACAAGUCAACUACGUCUCACUCUCUCAGAAACACAUACAACCUUCAAUCAUCAAACAAACACAAAACAAUAAUCAAACACUGUUUCCCUCAACUUCAAAUGACACUUUUACCCCUCUCUAUUUUCCUCCUUCUUCAGCUUUGACUCACCCACUCUCUCCCACACACUCUUUCUCUCACCUCAAUGGACGCCGGCGAACCUCAAUUCCGGCGACAAGCUUCCGGCGAGAUGGAACAUGAUCAUGAAGAUCCAAAUCGAACUGGGUCACGACCCGAUUCUGCUUCAGAUGGAGCUACCACCUCAGCUAAUACCUCCGGAGCUAGAUACAAGCUGAUGUCUCCGGCGAAGCUCCCGAUCUCUAGGUCACCGGUUUUAACAAUUCCGCCGGGACUCAGUCCGACUUCAUUUCUUGAAUCCCCCGUUCUUCUCUCAAAUAUGAAGGUAGAACCUUCACCCACAACAGGUUCCCUUCCUAGGCUUCAACAAAUAGGACAUGGUUUUAUAACUUCUUCUGCGUCUGCUACACUUCCUGUAACCAGUGGACGCUUCAAUAGUAAUACUGUUGAUGACGGAAAAUACAGCUUCUUUGAGUUCAAACCGCACGGUAGAUCAAAUAUGGUUCCUGUUGACUUUCACAACCAUGCAUGUGAAAAACCUGCUCAAAUAGAUGGUCAAGGAAAAGUUCAAUCUUUUGUUUCACCAUUAGUCAAAAGAGAAAUAACUGCCCCUUCAGAUGAAAUAAGUCUAUCAUCAUCACCUGUUCAAAUGGUUAGUUCAGGGGCUAGUGCUCAUACUGAAGCCAAUUUGGACGAAUUAAAUCCCAGUGGCAACAUACCAACUGGGCUUCAAGCAUCACAAGUUGAUGGUAGGGGCAGUGGACAAGUUGCUGCCGACAAGGCAUCCGAUGAUGGAUACAAUUGGCGAAAAUAUGGGCAGAAGCUUGUUAAAGGAUGUGAAUUUCCACGCAGUUAUUACAAAUGCACACAUCCUAACUGUGAAGUGAAGAAACUCUUUGAACGCUCUCAUGAUGGCCAAAUUACCGAAAUAGUUUACAAAGGAACACAUGAUCAUCCUAAACCUCAACCAAGCCGUCGAUACUCUGGUGGAAAUGUUAUGUCUGUGCAAGAAGAUAGAUCUGAUAGGGCUUCUUUGACUAGCCGAGACGACAAAGGAUUUAAUAAUUAUGGUCAGAUGUCUCAUGCAGCUGAGCGUGACAGUACUCCAGAGCUAUCGCCUAUAGCAACAAAUGCUGAUAGUCCAGAGGGUGCAGGGUUUUUGUCUAACCGGAGUAAUGAUGAGGUUGAUGAAGACGAUCCUUUCUCAAAGCGAAGAAAAAUGGAUCUUGACAUCACUCCUGUAGUUAAGCCUAUCCGGGAGCCACGUGUCGUUGUACAAACUCUGAGUGAGGUUGACAUAUUGGAUGAUGGUUAUCGCUGGCGUAAAUAUGGGCAGAAGGUGGUAAGAGGGAAUCCUAACCCUAGGAGUUAUUACAAAUGCACAAAUGCUGGUUGCCCGGUUAGAAAACACGUGGAGAGGGCAUCUCAUGAUCCAAAAGCUGUAAUAACCACAUACGAGGGUAAACACAAUCAUGAUGUACCAACUGCAAGGAAUAAUAGUCAUGAUAUGGCAGGACCAUCAGCUGCAGGUGGACAUACAAAAAUCCGGCGAGAAGAAAGUGAUACUAUUAGCCUUGACCUUGGAAUGGGCCUUAGCCCAAGAACUGCUGAAAAUAGAUCAAACAAUCAAGGGAGAAUGAUGCUUACUGAAUAUGGGGAGAACCAAACUCACAAUCACAACAGCAAUUCCAGUUUCAAGUUUGUUCAUAAUACUCCGCCUCCAGUAUACUUUGGUGUACUAAAUAACAACUCAAAUCCAUAUGGUUCUAGAGAAAAUCCGAGUGAUAAUUCAUCUUUAAACCAUUCGGCUUAUCCUUGCCCACCGAACAUGGGAAGAAUACUUAUGGGUCCGUAAAUUGCUUACACAACAAAAAUAAAAUGAAAUUAUGAGUAUCAUUUGGCUUUCCUCUUUUUCGCUGGUAAAGCUUCAAAGGCAAGUUUUCUCUUUGAAAAUGCUGAUAGUUCUUUUAUGUUCCUAUCACACUAUCUGAGAGCUACCCCUUUGGUAUAACUAGCUGUAGUUGUGUCGUUUAAGGUUGACUUUAUAUCUGAUUGUUGUUUUGUAUAAUUAUAUAUACAAAUUCUUCUGUACAAAUAUGUGAAGCUGAUACUAAAGUUGCUUCCACAAGAACCCUUGUAAAAGUGUUUGAUUUCAACUAUUUAUAAGAAAUAGCUUUUAGCCUGUUCU